AGUACUUGGUCUACUUCUGGUCGUUCUUUGCAUAUUCGUGUCAGAAAUUCGAUCGCGGCCAGUUGCUGUUUAUGUACUACUCGGAAUUACGAUUUUGCUGUGGUCUGUAGGAUUGGCCGCUAUUAUACCCCCCGCUGAAAUAGUAUGUGGAUGUAUAUCGCUGGCAUUGACAGUAGUGAUAACAAUUACAAUAGUCAUUGUGGCUUUGAAACUACCACCGAUGAAUGAAAAGGGAUUCAUAUUUUUCAGUAUAUUAGCAUGUGUCUUUGCUGUUAUGGCGACCGUCCUCAAAAUGUGUGAUGCUUUCCUCCACCAAACGGUAAUCUUCAUUCUGACAGCAAUUUUCUAUGUGUCAUUCAUACUCUUC